GGAUAGUUAGCCGGAACUGAUCCGCCGGGGUGCCGGGAGCGACCGUGACGUCAAAUUCAGCGGCGUGGUGGGAUGAGGUCAGAGGUCAUGAAGUGUGAGAAGUCGGGGCGGCAUCAUCGGAGGAGAGCCUUAGUUUACCGUCCUUCCCCUGAAGAUCCAUCCAGCACAUUACCGUCCUUACAAAGAACAGGCAUUGAGCCUGAGGCCAGCCCUACCCAUGAGAAUCCAACUGAGCCCAGUACUGGAAACAAUGGAGCCCAGAGGGCCCGUCUCUCAAACUCCCCUCAUGAAAGAGAAAACAAGAAGUUAAUCGCUCCAGGACACGGGGAUGCCUCCCAGGAGAUGGAGUCUCUACACAUGAGGUCUCAGCAACCUGACAGAAGUGAGGAGUGGACCCAUUGCAGCAGACUCAGUCCAGAGGGAGCAGAACGCAGCAUGGAUGGAUCCAACGACGGUACAUUCCAUACGCCACCUUCAUGUUUCCCCUCUGUUCCAGGCCCCUCCACUCCUCCCUCACAAAUUCCUGCCCUUCCUUUACAUUUGCCACCUCUCUCUGAACCCUCAUCUAAGUUACAAAGCUGGAGACUGGUCCCUCUGCUGCACAAUGUGCGCUCUAAACUGGAGAGCUUUGCAGAGAUAUUUCUCAGUCCCAUUAAGGGGCGUAAGGACACCAACACUGAACAGAUGGAGGAGGAAAUGAUGGGAGAUGAAGCAUUAGCUGCACCCCAGGAUAGAGAUGAGCACAGAGAAAUGAAAAAGGAAUCUCCAACACCAGUAGCAGAUUUGAGUCCAAGAAGAAUGGGUUUGAUGUCUCUGUGUCUGACAGAUAACGGGGAAGAACAGAGUGGACCUUCAGGAGGGCUUGAGUGUUGUAAAGCUCAUCCAGCAGAACCUCUAGGAGGGCAUGACAGUUAUGAGGUUGAACAAGGACCUCAUGGAGGGCAUGAGAGUUAUAAGGCUGACCUUCUAGGAGGUCAUGAGUCUGAACACAGUGAAAUCAAAGAAAGAGACACAUUUUUGGGAAACCUAUUGAAGAAGGAUGCAGAGAGAGACUCUGGAAUCUAUAUUGAGGAUUGUAGUAAGGAUACAGAUCCCCCAGUAUCUGAAAGCAGCAUGAACAUCCAGCUAAAAAUUGCUGUUUCCAGUGCAGUGCCUACACUGUGUCGCCCCCCACUUCAUCGGUGCCUUUCUUGUCCCUCUCUGUCCCUGUCUCCUGCAUUUCUUCCCCAUUGCUCAUCCCUUCCUCAGUCCUGUCCCUCUCUGUCCCCCUCUCCAGCACUGCUUCCCCAUUGCUCAUCUCUUCCUCGGGGCAGGAGCUACAGUCUGGGCACAGCAGAAGACAACAGAAAGUCCUGCCCUCACACCCUUGCACAGAACAAAGCAGCCUCCAGGGCCAGGAUGAGACGGCAUAGUUUAGGAACACUGGAUGAAUACAGAGACUGGCCUCUAUUGUCUUUUUCUUGCCUGAAGAAGGAGAUGCACCCUUUUCUUCUGUCCCAUUCUGCCAAUAUGGGAAAACUGUACCAUCUUGGCCACUUGAUGGCAAGACACAGCCCAGGAAAUUCAUUACACAGUGAGUACUCCCUUCAUAGUCCCAGCAGGAGUGAUAAUGGGUUGGAAAAACCCUUCUUUACCAGCCCAUCUAACAGCAGAACCGAAUCACAAACAGAAGCUUCACUUUCUGAUUCUGAGCUCAAGGACCCAGAAAGCUGGAAAGGAGCCAAAGCUGGAAAAGUCUCCAACUUCCAAAUCCGGAAAAGACCCAAGAGGCAAGAGGGGAACUUAACUCCAAUGGGUCUUCCUAAGCGUAUAAGGUUACAGAAGGAAGAAUUCAGCUUGGAAGAGAUCUACACAAAUAAAAAUUAUCGUACGCCUACUGAGAAAAGGACAUUUGAGACUAUUUUUGAGGAACCAAUAAUGAAGGGGGAAAACCUUGUUUUGACAAGUCACCGUCCAUUAAAGCGUGUCAUUGUAUUUCGGGACUGUACUGUUGCCCCUCGUAGACGCAAAAGGAAAGGGAAAGGUGGAGGGAGGGGACGCAGAGGAGCCCCAAACACACAGGGAGAGAAAGUUAACACUGAUCUGUUACUGCAACACAAGCUGAGCCAACUGGCAGCUGAACUUGAGGAAGAAAUGAGCUGAGAGCAGCCUCUCUGGAAAUCUCCCGUCUGUGCCAGAAACCCUCAUCUCAUAUGGAUACUUCCUGACUAUAUAAUGACUCUAUCCUGUAGGGCAAGUUUAAAGGAACAGUUCAGUGUAGAAAUAAAGUGGGUAAAUAGGCUGUGCAAAAUAGAAAUGUUACUGAAAUAGUUAGUGAGGCAAAAAUGUAAUAUAUAAAGG